GCGGUAAAAGGAUGGGAGAGGGUUUCCUACCCCGCAGGGCUGCAAGGGAGCCUGGGGUCUGGGAGCAUCCCAGUUUGGGGGCCGAGGGACACCCCCACGAAGGCUAAGCCUGCCCCUGCCCCCGUCUCGCUGGCCAGGCCCAAGGGACAGAAGGUCAAGGCAGAGCGCAAGGAGCUGGGGAAGCAGCAGGAGCCGACCCAGGCCGAGCUGGAGCAGUUUGCGGCUGAGUACGUGAAUAACUUGGUGAUGGAGACAGCGCAGCAGCUGCAGGCAGAGGUGAGGCCCGGGGACAGCGCUCCCAGCCCCCGCUGGCUAGGGAGGGUCCUGGCGGGGUCCCGGCCACGUCCCCUGGCUGGAUGGGGCCAUGGAGCCUCCACGGCACCUGGGCUUGUGGGCGGCAUCCAGCCCGGCUCAGAGCUGAUUCCUCCUCCCCUCCAGCAGCCGGACGAGCCGAGGGCGACGGUUCAGAGCGGGGGACACGAGCACGCAGGGUGCCACUUCUGCAGCCCGGACACCAGGGUGCUGCUGGGGAAGCUCCUCCAGCGCUGCAAGAAGCUCGAGGAGCAGAUGGAGUCCCUGGCCCAGAAGGCGGGCGGCAAGGUGGACAAUUAUCCAAAGUGGAGGAGACAGUCCCUGCAGCAGGACGAGCAGAUCAAGUGCCUCCAGGCCAGCAUCAUGCAGCUCCAAAAGGACUAUGAGAAGUUCAGCUCGGCCCUUGCAAACCUCCAGCAGGAUCGCCAGCAGGAGCAGAAUGACAUCAAGGCUCUGUCCCAGGCCCUGGAGAGAAUCAAGAAGCAGAAAGCAGACAAGGAGGAGCUGCUGGUGCUGGGAAUCGAUGAGAAAGCAGACAAAGACAAAGUCAGUCGCAGCCAGUUUGAGGCGUGCGUGGAGCAGCUGAACAAGGUGAUGGAGGAGGUGACGGGCCAGGAGAAGUUCUUGCACCGGUUCCAGCAAGAGCUCCAGAGGCAGAUGGACUGCAAGGUGAGGGCUCCCUAA